AUGCUUGAAAGCAGACUCGCUGCGCAGUCCCAGGAUCUGGGCACAAGUGAGACCGGCAUCAGCUCUGGCGACGUCUUGCCAUCGCCACUGGCUCCGAUACCGAGCUCGAUACCCGGGGGGAACGUAGAUUCCGUCCAGGACAUGUUUUCAAUCAUGGAGCCCGCAGUCUCCGAGUCUGAAAUGGCUUUGACGAGUCCUCUUUUGGACCUCGGGACUCUGCACAAUCUAAACCUGAUACCUGAGCCGCCGCCCACGCCGCCCACAACGUGUCUGACAGUCAGCAGUGUUCCUGUUUGUGACUUCACACAAGCAGAGCUCGACCAGCUCUACUUUGAUCGUGUUCAUCCUUCGACACCAAUCCUGCAUCAAAGACGUUAUCACGGCUGGUCCAAGCAGCACACAAAGUCGACAGCAAAGCUGGCCUUGCAAUACGCCAUGUGGACAUUGUCAUCCCUGUUAUCUGGUCAAUUUCAGCACCUGCAGGAAGUCUUCUACCAGGAAGCCAGACAGAUGCUCGAGUCAUCGAACCCGUCCAACGGGACCCAAGCUACUGCUCUGGAAAUCGAGCUGGCGCAGGCCUGGGUACUGAUUGCUACCUACGAGUCAAUGAGGACGUACAAUCAACACGCCUGGAUGAGCGCCGGACACGCCUUCCGCCUGGUGCAACUGAUGAGGCUGCAUGAAGUCGACAGCCCGACAAACCCAUCUUCCGGUGCCGACAACGAUCCCGCGGCGACAGAAGAGAAGCGACGAGUGUUUUGGAUGGCGUACUUUGUCGAUCACCUGCUCAGCAUGAAGAAUAACUCGCCGACUCGACUGAGCGAGCACGUGAUCUGCACGCGCUUGCCCGCCCAAGAAUGCGAUUUUCAAAAUGGCCAGAGCAGCGUAAUGGAUUUCUUAUCAGACGCCAUAGUAGACCAACAUCCAACGACGCGCUCCCCUUUCAACGAGUGCAUCAUCUUGGCAACCAUGUGCGGACGAACGCUGUCCCAUAACCAGCAAUACAACAUACGCUGCUUGCACGGUGACAGCGAGACAGAAUGGUCAGACUGGGACCCUUGGUUUGACAAUGUCCUGCUGGCAAGGCUCCAGCUUUUGUCCAAGCGUUAUCCUUCCCCCACGAACGGGUACGACCCCAUGCUUCUUUUCGCGCACGCCAUCGCGCAGGUGUCGGUCAUAUACCUCUGCAAGGAAGUCAAAUCUAUGGUCUGGCCAAACGGGAAAGCAAGAUGCCUUCAACCAGAGUAUCAGCAACGAGCGUUGAAUGCCGCCGAGCACAUGGUCAACCUUGCGUAUGCGCUCGUGGACUUUGGCGUCUUCAAGGUCCAUCCCCUCAUGUCAAUUCCAAUACUUCUCUGCGUCGAGUUUUUGUUUGCCAACCGACGGCUAUCUCGGGCUGCUGCGCUGUUGCGUCAGCUCCUUGACGCACUGGGUCAGCUGAAGAGUGUCACGAAUCCAAAGCAGAAUUACAUUAUGCUUCUGGAUCUGACUCACAUUCUGCCGCUGAUGAACGCAAUCGACAAUGGGACGGCGGCUGCCGCACUGAGCCAAUAG